AUGACCGGCAAGGGCAUCGCCUCGAAGACGACCGCUCAGCCCAAGAGCGCGGCGCGGCGGCUGUGGCGGGUGAUGCGCGCGGUGCUCUACAUGCUGCGCCGCGGCGUGCUACCUUCAGGCCGCAAGGUUGCCAUGGACCUCUGCCUCUUCCUCCGCCGCGGGAAGCCCAGCGAGGUCGAGUACGCCUCCUUCUCCGCCAGCGUGGCCCAGCGCCGUGGCCGGAACCGCCGGCAAGGUGAAGACGAAGCUGCCAACGGCUACAACGCGGCCGACAUCGCCAAGGUGUUUGAGAUGCUCAACGACGGCGGAAGCCUCUUCGGCGAUGAUGACACGCUCGCGCUGGCGACGCCGUCUCCUGCGCCGUGGAGUUCUCCCGCCCCCUUCGAGUUCGCGGGCAGCCCGGCGGCGAGGCAGCGCGUCACCGACUCGCCGUGCGCGGGCGAGCAGCAGGUGGACAGGAAGGCCGACGAGUUCAUCAGGAGGUUCUACGAGCAGCUGCGCGCGCAGAAGAGCGUCACCGCCACGCCGGAAUACUACGCCGGCGCGUCGUGCGUCGAGCGCGCCCUAAGGCCGGUAGCCGCCGGCAUCGCUUAA